AUGUUUUACUGGAUUAUUGGAAUGGUAAGGUGCGCUAAUAGCAAAUUAGUGAUACCGGAUGCAACUGAUUUAUCCUAUGAAUCAACCAUUCUUUUAGAGAAUCAAACAACUGAAUACUACCACAGCAAACUGACAGUAGUAAAGAAUGAACUGACACACUCAUUAAAGAGAUUGAAUGAGAAGAAACAGGAAUUGAGUGAAUGUUAUGAAAUCAAUUGGAAUGAGGUGAACGAAUACCUGUUAAAGAUACAGGUUCAAAACAAUAAUCUUAAUGGUUUUAGAAAGAGAGUCUAUAGUAAUUACAAGGAAUCAAGUAUUGCUGAUCAAAGCUGUGAUUAUCCGAUUUAUUUGAUAUUCUUAGAAUGCAAUACGUUAUCACUGGAAUGCAUUCAAGUAUCUAAUGAAAUACGUAAUGAUAUCAUGAUAUAA